AUGGGGGCCAGGGACCUGUCCGAGACCUCCAUCACCUCACUCCCGACGCUGGGAUUAACCGACCUGGAUUUCCUGUACUUGGAAAAGACGCCGAGCCUCAAGGUGUUCCCCUCCAUCUACUCCUUCAAGUCGAUCAAGGAGGCCCACCUCACCUAUCCCUACCACUGCUGCGCCUUCCAGUUCCCUGAGCAGCACGACCCCAAGCAGUACAUCAGGCACCAGGAAUUCAUUCGUAAAAUGGAAGAGCUGUGCUCAGACUUGACAACUCCAAACAUUCCUGUAAUGGCGUCUACUAUUCGCUCGAGACCCCGCCAGGCGUUUCCCACAUAUAUUGCUCCAAUGGAAGGAUUUCCAAGUCAUAUUAUCACAUCUACAAUUACCGAGACCGUCCCUGAAGAUAGUUCAGGACAGAGCGAGCCAGAUGACAGAUGGGAAAGCUCCUUAUCCAGAGAGUCUGGUGGUGUGGUUAGUCUCCCACUCCCUACUAGCACCAUGAUGGCAAGGGACGCGAAGCGUGAAAGUUACAAACUGUCUGUUCACAGUCCAGCCACAAGCUCUGAUGCUGUCUCACGUUACUGGAAGAUGCGGCUAGAUAGCGGGUCAUAUUCUUUAUCCCCAGUAAACGCUGCCCAUUCACGGACUCGUCAUAAGGGGCAUCACGCCCAUCGUGCCAGACUCAAACUUGCAUUAAAUCCGGAUUAUAAAGGUACGGGAAUGUUCAUGACGGAACAUAAAUUGGAAGACUUGAUGUCUCGGUCCCGUCGUGGUGAGCACUCAGAACUCGUGGGACUUUCUGACACCGGUGAUGUGACCCGCUAUAACCUUCUCCCAACGUCACAGCAAGAUCAGCGAACAGCAGCGUUAAUGAGAGAACCAGAAAAGGAGCUAAUACCUUAUCCAGAAAAGAGGUUUCACACAGACGAGAACUCUCACACCCAACAGGAAGUUGACGAAAGCUUUAUUGGAGGUGGUGCGAUAGGCGGAUACCAUACUCCUUACUCAGGCUUCGGAAAUUUCAACUCCACCUCCAACAGAUUCCAUGGACUCUCCAUCAGGAGGAACGACUCUUCCCAGAGCAGCGGAGGGCAUGACCCGGAGCGGAUGGAGCACUUGCCUGCCUUGGACUCCGGAGAUGACAAGACGUACGGUGUCAUCUCUGGGCAGAACAAUACUCAAGGAUUUCCUAUUGAGGACAACGGGCAUCAGUACUCAAGUGAAGGGUUCCCUAAAGAUGGAGGCUUUUCUUUGGUACCUGGAAAAGACGAAGUCAGUUCCAAAAAAAAGAACGCCCCUGAUUCUGGCUGGCACCCUUCAGUGCCGCUGCCGAAGAAUGAGACCCGCUUUAUCCCCUGCGGCAACUUGUCCAAAGACUACCACUACGUCCUUUGUGUGCCGGAGCCUGACGCCUUCAACCCCUGCGAGGACAUCAUGGGGAACCUGGCGCUGCGUGUGGCUGUGUGGCUGGUGGUGGUGACGGCCGUGCUCGGCAACCUGGCCGUCAUCAUUGUCCUCAUCUCCUCCAAGUUUAAAAUGACGGUGAGCAAGUUCCUGAUGGUGAACCUUGCCCUGGCCGACCUCUGCAUGGGCCUCUAUCUCCUCAUUAUAGCAGUUAUGGACCUCCACACCAUCGGCGUAUACUUCAACCACGCCAUUGACUGGCAGAAUGGUCCAGGGUGUAAGGUAGCCGGGUUUCUGACUGUCUUCGCAUCAGAGCUGUCCAUCUUUACUCUAACGGUGAUCACCUCGGAGCGCUGGUACGCCAUCACCUACGCCAUCCACCUCAACAAGCGACUCAAACUCUCCAUGGCAGUCAAGAUAAUGGUCGUGGGCUGGACCUACUCCAUCACUAUGGCAGCCUUACCCCUCCUAGGCAUCUCCAGCUAUAGCAAAACGAGUAUAUGCCUGCCGAUGGAGACCGGGAACGCCCUCGCCCUCGCCUACCUCAUCUCCCUCCUGCUUGUCAACGGCCUGGCGUUCUUCGUCAUCACCGCGUGCUACGCCUCCAUGUAUUGUUCUAUUAGUCGACACGACGCCACGGCCCCGCACUCCGACCUCACUGUGGCUAAGCGCAUGGCUCUUCUUGUCUUCACAGACUUCGCCUGCUGGGCCCCCAUCGCCUUCUUCGGGCUAACAGCGGUAGCUGGAGUGCCUCUCAUCAACGUCACAAGAGCCAAGAUCUUACUUGUGUUCUUCUACCCUCUCAACUCCUGCGCCAAUCCUUACCUGUAUGCUAUCCUUACCAAGCAGUACCGACGGGAUCUCUUCAUCCUGCUCGCCCGAUACGGCUUCUGUACCAAGCGGGCCAUGAGGUAUAAGGGCGCUUACUCAUCAGUAAAUAACACCUUACCCCACAAUACGGUGGUCAACGCUCCCAACCAUCGCAACUCUACACUCACCCAGAUCACGUUAUGUGACUUGACCCGCACAGCCAGGGCCUCCCAGCAGAGUAACAACGGCUCCCUCCUUGGCACUAUGAUCGGAGGGUCGCAGGACUCACUCCAGAGGAAUGUUUCUCCCCUCAGGACACCGACGAAGCCAGAGACAGUGGCGGGAGAGAACGAACGCCUGAGCACCGUGCAGGAGAUGAGUCACAGCACUCACAGCGAUGAGGACGCCUCCGAUGACCACGGCCACCACGACGACCGCGGCCGUCCCAACGACCAAGAGUCCCCCAGCGGCGUGGUAAAGCUGGCCGGCUCCCCGCAUCCAAUCAAGAACUGCUAUACUAGGAUGUCAUUCACUCCAGAACAAGAGGAAAUACUCAAGCAGGCGCUCCAAGAAUCCAAGGUUAAGAAGAAAGCCAGAACUGAAGCAGGAAUGAAGAGCUCAGCAAGUCAAACGCUUUUAGCAGACAACAGCAACCCUGUAACCGAAGACGGUAAAUCCUUGGGCCAAGUUAUGGCAGAAAAUGGGAAGUCUCCGGGACUCUGCGCGGUAGACAGCAAGAAAUCAAUAACACAACAUCUACCAGAAAAGGCGAAAUCCCCAUGUCAUGAAAUGAUUGAACACGCGAAAUUAUUUGCCCACAAAAUUGUAGAAAGUGGGAAAUCUUCGAGCCACGGGGAGGCCUUUGUAAUCUGCGAGGUGGAGAUCAAUCACGGGAGAAAUAAAAAGAACUUAGGUAAAAAGAAUGGUUUAGAGGAAGUAGAGGAAGCUACGUCGACAUUAUAGAAAACACAAUGGUGCAUACAUUAGCCUUUAUAUGCUACGACUCGUUCAUUGCUUUCUUGCUUGUCAUUCUAAUUUUCACGGCAUACUCACCUUCAUGUAUCUCAUAUCAGAAUGUGAUAUUUACCUAUAUACCUCCUUUUUUAUAUAUAUAUUUUUUAUUAGAAACUAUUCAUAAAAAAUUGUGUUUAUAUUUUCUAUUUGUUUUUCGAAUAUUUACAGUAUGGAGCAAUUGGUUAUAUUUUAUCAUCUUUUUUAGUUUUCUUUUACGAGUUAGAUUGGUAAUUUUCAGUUCAAGACUAAUUUUAUCCGAAUUUUGAGCCUCAUAUGAAGCAGGAGGACCAAUUUUCGGAUAUGAUUAUUAAAAAAAAACAAGUAUUUUAAUUUACUUUAUUUAUAUUGUUUGCUUGUUAUAUUUAAUUGUCUUUAGAACAAAAUAAUUUUUGUAAACGACUGUUGUAUUUUUCAUUAUAAUAUUUUGCAAAGUUAUAUCUCUCCUAUGACAAGUAAGUAUUGUUUAUUAACUAUAAUAUUUUUUAUUUACUCACACAUCAAUCUGAUCUCUCCCUACAGAAAUCAUUUUACUAAUCUUACAUUCUUGUCCUACUUAUCCUAUAAUAGAAAAAACUAAAGAAAAAUUUUGAAAUCUAUUGAGCUAUUGAGUGGAGACGAUAUCGCAAUAGAAGUUAUCAUUGUCUGUAUAAUAGCUGUAUUAUUUUUAUAUUUUCAUAACAGUAUGUAUAUUUAAGAGCCUGUAUAGACCGCCUCCACAUGCACCUUCCCCCCCCCCCCCACGCCCCACUCUAGGAUAAAAUGGAUAGGAGACGACUCCUGGAGGAGCUCUUGACCUACUCUAGUUAUCUCUGUAUAUAUAAAUAUAUAUGUAAAGAGUUUUGGCUUAUCCGUCCUCUAUUACUUCACAAUCGGCCUUUUCUAAGAUUUUUGAGUUGCGAAUAUGCUUGUCUGUUGUGUACAUAGAGCAUUGUGGGUGUACUGCAAUUAAUUUAUGACUUAAUUCCUUUGUAUUUUUAUCAUGAAUACAUUAGUCUUCAACGCUU